ACCUUAAAUACUGGGAACCAGGUCACCCUGCUCAGCCUGGAGCCCCGGCUUCUCAGUCAACAUGAAGACUCUCCUCGUUCUUGCGCUUCUCCUCCUUUCUGUCUCUGUACAGGCCAAGGUCUAUGAUCGGUGCGAGUUCGCCAGAAUUCUGAAAAGGUCUGGAAUGGACGGCUAUAGGGGAGUCAGCCUGGCGAACUGGGUAUGUUUGGCCAAGUGGGAAAGUGAUUUUAACACAAAAGCUAUAAACCACAAUGUUGGAAGCACUGAUUAUGGAAUAUUUCAAAUUAAUAGCCGCUACUGGUGUAAUGAUGGCAAGACACCCAAAGCAGUUAAUGCCUGUCACAUAUCCUGCAAAGUUUUGCUGGAUGAUGACCUCAGUCAAGAUAUAGAAUGUGCAAAGAGGGUUGUCAGAGAUCCACAAGGCAUUAAAGCAUGGGUGGCAUGGAAAGCUCAUUGUCAGAACAAAGAUGUCUCGCAGUACAUUCGGGGUUGCAAACUGUAACUGUGCAGUUUUCCUUCUUCAGCUCACCUUGUCUCUUUUUCGUAUUUAGGAAAUAAUAGUUGAAUGAAAGGUCAUACUACCAUUCUUGCGAACAAAUCAUGGUUUUACCGAAGCAAGAGCAUAAGGUCUUUCUUUAAGAGGCUUAAUGUUUACCUAAUGUGUUUAUGGUUUGUGUUUAUUGUUUUAUAGGCCUACAAUAUUUUUCAAUUUGCUAAGAGAAUUAUUGUUUGUCUGAAAUCUUAAUUAUCAAAUAUACCUCCAGUACAUUCAGUUCUUAAUCAAAGGAAUAAACCAGAAAUAGUCUUCAUCUGUUCAGUUAUCUCUAAAAACAGUAAAAGAUAACCAGUCUUUGUUGGGUAAUAUAAAAUUUUAAAAGGAGCAGAGUGCCAGAUGGCUAAAAAUGAAGACAACCUGAAUUUAAGAAUUUUGCUUUCAUAAAGUGUGACCUUUGGCUUAAAUGUUUUCUCAGAGAUGAUUCGUUCAUUAAAACGAAUUUUAAAAUAGUCUCACAAUUUAGGUAUCCAUCUAUUUUAGCCUUUUAAAAACUUAAUUAUGCAUUUUGCUGACCAUGAAGGAAUAUAAAGAGGGAUUAGAUGAGCUGUGCUUUUCCUGAACUUUAUCAGCUUGAAUUCAUGCAUUAUGACUAAAUUCAGAGGCAGAUGAAUUUGCAGGCAUUGAAAUAAUUGCUAAUUAACCACAGGUGUGAAUUUAUGCAUGCUGUAAAAAGUACAAACAUUAUCAUUAAAGGCUUUGCAAUUCA